CUCAAACGUUCAUCUUCCCGCCAACACCGUAAAAGGAGGGUUUAUAUUCUCUCUCUUCAUUUCCAAUCCAAAGUCAAAUUCUCUCUCUUUUUUCUUUUUCAAUCUUCUUAGUUAGUUUGUGUUGCAUCAACAAUGGAACUCGAUUCAUCUUCUUCACUACAGCUCAAUCAGAGCAAUGUUGUUGAUGCCACUGGAAACCAAGUUAGUCGUAACAACUCACGUGGAAUUCGUGUUAUUGGAAACAGAAUCUAUGAUUCUGAAAAUGGUAAAUCUUGUCACCAGUGCCGGCAAAAAACAAGAGAUUUUUCUGCUGGUUGUAAGAAUCCAAGAAAUGGGAAGCCUUGUCUCAUUAGGUUCUGCCACAAAUGCCUCUUGAAUAGAUAUGGGGAAAAGGCUGAAGAGGUAGAUCUAUUGAAUGAUUGGAAUUGUCCAAAGUGCAAAGGCAUCUGCAACUGUAGUUUAUGCAUGAAAAAAAGAGGUCAACAACCUACUGGUAUACUAGUUCAUACAGCCAAGGCCUCUGGUUUUAACUCCGUGUCAGAAAUGCUUAGCAAGAAGACUUCUGAAGGUUUGGAAUUGAACAAUUCUGCUGUCUUGCCUAUUAAGGAAGCUACUUUGGAAAAGGAGCUUGUUGUGCAUCUAUCAGAGGAACCUGGGGAGGAAAACUCAUUAAGUGGAAAAAAAGUUUUAAAGGUGGAAAAUGAGAAAACCAAGAAAAUGAAGCGGGGACAGUUAAAGGAAAUAUCUAAUGGCAACAGUGUGGAUGAUGCUUGCCAAAACAACAAAUUGAAAAAGCCUAAACUUUGUAAUGGUGUUUCAGACUGCGAAGUGAAAAGAAAUGCAAAUGCUGAAAUGGAACCAAAAGUAGAGGAGAAUCAUGGCAUGAUUCGUGGUCAAAUCGAUGGCCCUGUUGUGAUGGGUGGUGGUGACAAUGCUAGUGCCAAGUCUCAAACAAAUCCUAUAGUUUUGCAUGCACAAAAAAUUAAGGAAGAGGUUCCUUUGCCCAUUGGCACAGUGAUGAUAAAUAUAUUAGACGUUGAGUUUGCACCAGAAGAUGUUGGGAAUGCGUUGCAGUUUUUAGAAUUCUGCAGAGUGUUUGGAAAGGCUCUUGAUGUGAAGAAAGGAGAAGCUGAAGCUAUUUUAAGAGCAUUGAUACGUAAGCAAAGUUUGCGACGUGGACAAAAUAAUUCAGUGGUUGAGUUCCAAAUCAAGCUGUUGACUUUGAUAGUAUCUGAGUCAGAAACUGAUUCUUCAUCCUUAACUGCUAGUGAUGGAAAAGAUUCAUGGUUGACACUUUUGAAGGACUUAAUUACUGAAUCUGAUCUUGGACUAAAAGAAUUUCCGUUGGAUUGGCUUGAUAAAGGCAUUAGCGGAUAUAAUGAUUUGGACAUAUCUAAAAAGCUUAUCAUUCUAAAUUUUAUCUGUGAUGAAGCUCUAGGCACAAUAAAUCUAAGGAGUUAUAUUGAUGAUCAAAAUGCAAAAAUUGCUGAAGAAAAGAAAGCAGCAAAAUCUAAGGUUGCUGAAGCUAAGGAAAAGGAAAGAAGUCUUAAGCAACAGUUGCAGGAUGAGAUGGCAAAAGCUGUUAUAUCAAAUGGGGCUAGUCUCUCAAUUUCAGAAUGUGAUGCUCUUGUUUCAAAAAUUAAAAGUGAAGCAGCUAAAGCUCAUUCUGAGUUGCUUGAGGCAAAAGGCACAAUUCCUAAACGGAACCAAUGUUGUGAUGCAGUGAGAAUUGAGCCUGAGUACUUCGACAACAGUGGUAAGGCAUUCUGGCAAUUAAGGAGCUGUAAUGAUGAAUAUGCUUUCUUGUUACAAGAUGUGACAAUCCAUGAUGAAGGUGUCGCUGAACUUGAAGUUAAUGAAAAAUGGUUUGUUUAUGGAGCCGAGCAGAAAGACGGGGUUAACAAGUACAUUUCCUCUAAGAGAGAUUGGUUUCCAAAGCUUGUUUCAGUAUAAUUGUUUUAGAGAUUGGUUACCAAUUACAUGCCAGCUUGCUAGGGAUAUUUAAUGCUUGUAAAAUGUAAUGAAGGAUCCCAAUUACCUUAGGGGUGAAUGUAGUUAGUAACUUUAUCAUCCCAGAUGAUGUAGGUAUGUCUCUUGCAUGAUGAUCCUAUUUUGGUGAAGAUAUAACUUUAGUCCUUGAUCUUUUACAUAAUUUACUUUGAUCUUUUAUCUUUUCAAAGUUAAUACAUGGAACAUUUUACAA